AUGUACAACACGAGGUUGUCAAUAGAUGCCGCUGCUGGUGGCACGCUUAUGGAUAAGCCGUAUGACGAAGCCUAUCAACUAAUUGAAAACAUGGCUCAAAAUCAUUACCAAUGGGGAAGCGAAAGAACUCCUAUGGAAAAAUCUCAAACUAAAGUCGGAAUGUACGAAAUUAGUAGCCUAGACAAAGUGAACGCUAAAGUAGAUGCCCUUACCCAAAAGCUAGAAAGCUUGACCUUACCACCCGUAGCCACCGUGGCUGCUAUAACUCCAAACUGCGAAUUAUGUGGAGUUCUUGGACAUGCUGCCCCCGAAUGUGCUAUUUUGGCAAGAGUCUCGGUUGAUCAAGUUAACUACGCUCAAGGGAAUCCGUAUUCCAACACCUACAAUCCUGGAUGGAAGAAUCAUCCUAAUUUUUUGUACAAAAAUAACAACGCUCUGUUUGUACCGAAUCAAGCACCCGCUGUACCGCUAGGUUACCAAAAACCUGCUGCUAACAUUCUUAAUAUGCCUAAUGUUCCUAGAAAGUCUAACCUUGAAAUUAUGAUGGAAAAUUUCAUUGCUACCCAAGCUCAACAAAAUAAGGAUUUCCUCAACCAAAAUGUUCACACCGGUGAACAAUUGAAGCAAUUAGCAACUAAGGUAGAUGCCCUAGCGACCCAUAAUAAGAAGUUAGAAACUCAGAUUGCUCAAGUGGCCCAACAACAAGCAACUACUUCCGCACCUGCUGGAUCAUUUCCUGGUCAACCACAACCCAAUCCUAAAGGGGACGCUAAUGCCAUAACACUACGAAGUGGAACUGAGCUAGAUGGACCAAUUGAUCCAAGGCUUCAGAACCCAACCAUGUAUCAGAAACCUGAUAAAGCGACUGAAAAACCUAGAGAACAACCUGAAACUGAAAAGGAGGAUGAGAAUGAAGAGGCAUUUGGAAAAGAGAAACCUUACGUGCCUCCCCCACCAUAUAAACCACCGAUUCCAUAUCCUCAAAGACUUGCUAAGUCCAAGAAUGAGGGCCAAUUUAAGAAAUUCGUAGAGCUUCUGAAACAACUAAAUGUUACCAUUCCUUUUAUAGAAGCUAUUACCCAAAUUCCCUCAUAUGCUAAGUUCUUAAAGGAGAUCUUAUCCAACAAGAAAAAGAUAGUAGAAAACAAAACUGUUACACUAACUGCUGAGUGUAGCGCUAUCAUUCAAAACAACAUGCCUCCUAAACUAAAAGAGCCUGGUAGUUUCUCUAUACCUUGUGUAAUUGGGAAAUUCGUAAUAGGCAAAGCCUUAUGUGAUUUAGGAGCCAGUGUUAGUUUAAUGCCUCUAUCUAUUUGUGAAAAACUCAAAUUAGGUGAACUAAGACCAACAAGAAUGUCAUUGCAAUUAGCUGACCGAUCUGUCAAGUUUCCCGUAGGAAUGCUUGAAAAUGUACCUGUUCGUAUAGGACAAUUCUAUAUUCCUACUGACUUCAUAAUAAUGGACAUUAAAGAGGACUCUAAUAUCCCUAUUAUACUAGGAAGGCCAUUCUUAGCAACUGCUGGUGCCAUUAUAGAUGUCAAGAAAGGAAAGCUAACUUUCGAGGUCGGUGAAGAGAAAGUAGAGUUUAUUCUCUCCCAAUUCUUCAAAGCCCCAGUCAUAGACGAUUCCUGUUGUUUCUUGGACGUUAUUGAUGAAUGCGUUAAAGAAAUGGAGAAACAACAAAACACCUACUCUGAAGUUCUAAAAAUACCAAUGCCACCUAUUUUUGAGGACGAUAACUGGCGUGAGGAAUACCAAGAUAAUAAUCUAAGUGAAUGCCUAGCAUUAACCCCUGAUCCUAUUCCUUGCCCUAAGAAACCUGCUAUAGAACUUAAAACACUGCCCAAAGAUUUAAGGUAUGAAUUUCUAGAUGAAGAACUUGAACGACCUGUUAUAGUAAACGUUGACCUUGGACAGAUUGAAACUGAAAAGUUACUCAAUGUCCUUAGGAAAUAUCCGUUCGCUUUUGGCUAUAACAUAUCUGAUCUAAAGGGAAUAAGCCCCUCUAUCUGCAUGCAUCGCAUUAUGCUCGAGGAAGACUGUAAGACCUCGCGAGAACAUCAAAGACGAAUCAAUCCGAUUCUAAGCGAUGUAGUGAAAAAGGAAGUUUAA